AUGGGCAUUCAAGGUCUCCUUCCCCUGCUCAAGUCAAUUCACAAACCAUGCCACCUUAAACAACACUUUUCUGGUAAAACCCUGGCUGUUGAUGCCUACGGUUGGCUGCACCGCGGCACUAUUGCCUGUGCCAUUGAUCUUGCCCAAGGCAAACCCACCAGGAAAUGGCUCGACUUUGUCAUGCAUCGAGUCCGCAUGCUUCAACACUUCGAUAUCACUCCGUAUCUUGUCUUUGAUGGCGACUAUUUGCCCAGCAAAUCUGGAACCGAGAAGGACCGCGCUGCCCGCCGAAGGGAGAGCAAAAUCAAAGGCCUCGAGUUUCUGCGUUUAGGCAAGGCCACGCAAGCCCAGGCCGAGCUGCANAAGAGUAUUGAUGUGACGCCCGAAAUGGCCCGUCAGCUCAUUGACGAGCUCAGAAAGCUCAACCUGCCUUACAUUGUUGCUCCUUACGAAGCCGACUCACAGAUGGUCUACCUGGAACGAUGUGGUCUGGUUCAUGGCAUUGUCUCCGAAGACUCGGAUCUUCUGGUCUUCGGCGCUCGCUGUCUGCUUACCAAGCUCGAUCAAUAUGGAGAGUGCAUUAUGAUCAAGCGUGACGACUUCACUGCCUGUCGCGAGAUUAGUCUAGUCGGCUGGUCCGACGCUGACUUCCGACUCAUGGCCAUCCUGAGUGGAUGCGACUAUCUGCCUGGCAUCGAGAAGAUGGGUCUCAAAACUGCAUACCGCAUGAUUCGCAAGCACAAAACCGUCGACCGCAUCAUCCGCUCUGCGCAGUUCGAAGGCAAGAUCAAGGUCCCUCCCGGCUAUCUCGAGGCUUUCGCUUGUGCCGAAGCCACCUUCCUUUACCAAUGGGUCUAUUGUCCUGAAUCUCGGUGCCUGGUCAACUUCAGUGAACCUGCUCCUGGUGUUGACCUCACUCAGUUUCCCUGCAUCGGCAAGCACGUUGAGGCCGAAGUUGCAGCUGCUGUGGCGGUUGGCGACCUACACCCUCAUACGAAGCAACCGCUUUGUCCGUCCAAGAUUCCGCGAAACGUAUUCCAAACCAGUUCUCGCAGUCGUGCCCAAGCUCUUCAGACACCUGAUCUGAAGAAAUAUAAGUCGAUUGAUAGCUUCUUCAAGCCUCAGCGCACUCCUCUAGCCGAGCUUGACCCAAAUAGCUUCACACCGUCGCCUAGUCAGCAACGACUUUUACAGCGCAGUCCCGCUUCUUGGUCAGCCGAGCCUCUUCGACGACCUUCACUGCUUUCACGUGCAGCUUCGACCACACAUGCACCACAGUUAUCACAGCGCUCUCCGCCAGGACUAUCUCGAAACAAAUCCGGUUCGCCGAAGCGCCAGCGCUUAUGUUCUGACGGAUCAUAUGCUUCUCCACUGUCAACACCUCUUGAGCGAGUCGAGUCUGGGACAAGCAAGUUUUUCAAGACUGACAAAGCGCGCAAAAGUCCUGUGCUUGAGAGGUCAAACAGUAUAUCGAAAGACGAAUUCCAUCUCUGGUCUGAUGAUUCGAUCGAACAGGCCAUGACUUUGUUGCCAUGCGCAGCAGAUCGACAAAGCUCGAUCGGAUCGACGAAGAAGCUUUCGGUGUUUCAAGAUGCUGGUAGCUCAGACGUGCCUAACGAGACCUCCGACAGGACAACCGAGACACCCUUUACAGCUGGGCUGGCAAACGAGAUGCAGUCAUUACGGAGCAGAUUCUCUUACCAGCAUACCACCUCCACUGAUGCUGUGACAGAUCAGGCCACUGCAAAUGAGUCGAAGCGAAAGAGAAACGAAACAGAGGGGGUGAUUCCAUGUUCGUCACCAGUAAUGGAUCGAAAGAGUCACGAGAUUUUGCAAGACGACGGUACAAACGAUGAUAUCAAUGAAGCCGACUGGCUUUCUGCAGAAUCUCAACCCUUAAGCCGUUCCUCAGGUCAGAACACACAAUCUAGUGGUUCGAGCAAGCCAUGCUUCUCGCAAGGUAGUGAAGACCUUUUGAUCCCGGACAGCGAAGGCGAAGAAGAUGAUGAGGAAGAACAAGGUCUACACCGUCGACCCAGCUUUCCUCUGAAUCUUGCGAGAUUUGCAUUCACGGGUUGA